GGCGGUGAGUCUGCCGCGAGGGCGCGGGUGUGCGGGCGGCGAGGGCGCACGCGCGCGGUCCUCGGCGCGGCCCCGCGGCCCGGCGGCCCGCCACCCGGCUCACCCGGCGCGUAGUGUUUGGGGCGGUGGGCGAACAGGCAGCGCCAGCGCCCAGCGCCACACAGCGAGCCGCGGGCGCCGCGGUCCUGUCUUCCCUCCAUUGUCGCACCGUCUCGGUGAGAUGGUCGCCGUCGCGUCCGUCUGGUCGAUGUGGUCGAUGGUCAUCAGCGACGUCCUGAAGCCCGACAUCGUCAUCAUGGGUGCGAACCUCCUCGCGCUGCUGUUCCUCGCCGGGCACUGCCUCGCGACCCAGCCCUGGGCACCGGGGCAGCAGAGCCUUGCGCCCGCCGAGGUGACGGACAGGCCAGUCAUCGGCAUCCUGAGCAUGGAGCCUACGCCCACGAUCGAGAAAUACUGCGGGACCCACGACAGCUACAUCGCAGCCUCCUACGUCAAGUUCGUCGAGGGCGCCGGUGCACAAGUCGCCCCCAUUCUGAUUGGACAGUCCCCCGAGUACUACAAACAAAUGGCCAACAGCGUCAACGGACUCCUCUUCCCGGGAGGUGCAACGUACUUCAACGAGGAGAACGGGUACGCGGCCGCUGGUCGACAACUGUACGACGAGGCCAAGGCGAUCAACGCUCGCGGCCAGUACUUCCCCGUGUUCGGCAUCUGCCUCGGCAUGGAGCUGCUUGCCGUCUUGGACGCCAAAGAGGACUUGCGCAGUCCGUGCAAGAGCGAGGACCCGCUGCCGCUCAGGUUCCUGCCAGGUGCGAAGGGGGGAAGCCGCAUGUUUUCGAGGGCGCCGCGGAAGAUCGUGACCACGCUGGAGAAGUACAACGUGACCGUGAACCACCACCGGAGGUGCGUCACCAGGGCGGAGAUGCAGAGGCGCGGGCUGGACAGCGACUGGCGGACAUUGACCGUGAGCGAGGACGCUGAGGGCGUGGAGUUUAUCUCGGCGUUCGAACACACCAGACAACCCUUUUACGGCGUCCAGUUUCACCCGGAGAAAAAUAUAUACGAGUGGAAGCGCAGCAAGCACUACCCGCACUCGGAACGGGCGGUGGCCGCAUCGCGUUACUUCGCCGACUUUCUGGUGUCGGAGGCGCGCCGCAACGCUCACAGCUUCCCUGAAGCGGACGAGAGGCAUCAGCUGAUCUACCGCCACCAGCCAGUGGACACCAACCAGAAGCUCAUGUGGGAGCAGCUCUACUUCUUUUCCAAGCAGAUCGACCCACCCACGACUACGCAAAACGCCACUCUAGCAGACAGCCCCGGUUCUCAGCGAGAUUUUGACGUUUGACAAUCAGUACAGGAGCGUGCCAUUUUAAAAAUUAUAAAGAGAUAGAAAAUUGAUCAAAUACCAUUUCUAUGUUUGAAAUAAAAAGAUUCAAAAAGC